AUGACAAGCAGCAGCAAGCAGGUUGGGCCUGCAACAGUGACAGUGGUUGUGGAAGUAGCAUCCUUACCAGAGGCAGAGCAGGAGUUUUUGGAGAACAUUCGAGCUGUGCUGGGCUCGGUAUCCAGAGGAUACAGUGUGUCUGUGCUGAUUAGAGGCAGAGGAGCCAAGAAACUGGAUCUGGUUCCCCAGCUGCUGGCAAUGCUGUUUGAAGAGAUUCAACCCACAGGUGCUUCUGAACCUUCCCUCCGGACCCUAAGUCUAGUGCAGCUCAGUUCUAGCGGGAGGGGUCGAGACUUAUUAUUUCCUGGAACUAGCGACCUGACCUUGCUGGAUGUGUACCCACUGGGUCUGGUAGUGGAAGGAGUUAGUGAAGCUGAGGUCCUUGACUCCAAGUCUGGUUGCCAACUUUACCUCAAGGCAAUGGAAGGCUUGGACAGGUAUUAUCUCCUCCCUUCUCACCUUGACGAUAUCCUGCCUGGGGCCCAGCACCAUAAGGAGGCCCUGGGCCAGAGGCAUGUGGCGGGGCUCACUGAGAGUCCUACAGCUUCCAGAAGCUCCGUGAGUCCAACCCUCACUCUUUGUAGGGACUGUCCUUUAUUGCUGGCACUGGCAGGGAAGGCUUCUAAGGCCCAAAUGGGCUCCUUGCCUUGGAUUGUGACUCGGUUACUCUUCGGGAAUAGUUACAGUAGCCUGCUGCUCCACUUGGAUCCACAAGGCAUGAAGAUUGGCCCCUCUACCUGCCUGUUUUCCCUGGCAGCUACCCCCUUGAACCUGCUCCUGGCCUCACUAUCAGGGGCCACAGGAGCUCAGGACCCAGCCCAGUUAAAACAGGUUUCUCCCACACUGUGGGAUGCUUCAGAAGAAAUACAGGCCCGGCAUGCAGCUGUUCAGGAUCUGCGCUCUGGGCUCUCUGGAACUGUUCUACAGGAGAGCCAGCUUACCCAGCUGAGUCUGGUACUCAGGGAAUUGAAGGUACUGAAAAACCAAAGCCGGUACUGGGAGACUAGGCUGCUCAAGGGAGCUGGAGCCUCUGCACCUGGGCUUCCAAACCUGCAGGCGUCUGAUGUGGCACUGCAGUUUAUGUUAGCACGGGCCCAUAGGCAGCUGCUUCAGGAACAUCACCGAUCCCAGAUCCAAGCGGAGCUGAGCUGCUUGUGAAAGGACAAGGAAACAGCAGCAGACCAGGUUACAAAUACCUGUUUUCUAUCACAGGCCCCAGACCUAUCUGCUGAGAGCCCAAGGUGGUGGCAGGAUCACGCAGCACUGGUCUUACAAAUGGAGGCACUGAGAGUGGAACGAGAUGCAGCUGAACGGGACUUAGAGGCCCUGUAUGAGUUACACGUGCAAGGAGCCCGGGCCCAGACCUACCACAUGGUGCAGGUGUUCCGGGCUUGCCGGAGGCUGUGGAAGGAGCAGGCUGCUGCCAGGGAGUUCCAUCACCGAGUCCUGUUGGCUGGAGUCUUACAGGAUGUUGUCUCACUGGCCACGCAGAACCAACAACUCCAACUCCAGAACAAGCAACUUCGGCAGGAAAGCACAGAGAGGAGAAAAAAAGUUUAAGCUCUGGCCAUCAGCCCUGACACCUUUUCCUUAAAGUAAAGGUAUUCAGAACAGACCCCAGAGUCAUACCUGUUCUGCAGGAGUCAAAUAAAAAUAUUUACUG